UGUGUGUGUGUUUCCUCCGCAGACUGACAUCAUGCUGCAGACACUGGUCCUCCUGCUGCUUCAGGCAGCAUAUGUUUUCGGAUGUGGUACACCUGCUGUCAAGCCUGAUACCAGCAGAGUGGUGAAUGGACAGGACGCUCGCCCCCAUAGCUGGCCUUGGCAGAUCUCCCUGCAGGUGAAACAUGGCAGCCGUUACCAUCACACUUGUGGAGGAACUCUGAUUGGACCUCGCUGGGUGCUGACUGCUGGACACUGCAUCUGGCCAGGAGAUGUGUACCGUGUGGUCUUGGGAGAACAUGACAUGAGCCAGCAGGAGGGCACUGAACAGAUCAGAGAUAUUCUUCGUAUUAUCGUUCAUCCAAAGUGGGACAUUGACCAUGUGGCUAAUGGAAAUGAUCUGGCUCUGCUGAAACUGGAUAAGAGCCCCAUUAUGAAUGACAGCGUUGGAGUGGCUUGUCUUCCAGAGGCUGGAGAGAUCCUCACCCAUGGGACACCGUGUUACAUCUCCGGCUGGGGCAACCUUUACACCCAUGGCCCUAUGCCUGACAAGCUGCAGCAGGCCUUGCUGCCUGUGGUGGAGCACAGUGUGUGCAGCCGCAGUGACUGGUGGGGCAUCAAUGUCAAAAACACCAUGAUCUGUGCAGGAGGAGACGUCGUAGCUGGAUGCAAUGGAGACUCUGGUGGUCCUCUGAACUGUUUGGGUAAGGAUGGCAGGUGGUACGUCCAGGGUGUAACCAGCUUUGUUUCCUCCCGCUUCUGUAACGAAGUGAAGAAGCCCACCGUCUUCACUCGCACCUCUGCCUUCACCGACUGGCUCAGUGAUGUCAUGCUGCAUUACUGAGGAUCUACGAUCAACGACUGAUCAAAUCCAAAAAAUAAUGAGGUCCCAAGUUCCAAUAUUUUCUCUGUUCAUAGUCAGCGUUCACAUGAGGGUCAGAUACAGAACAUUAGAAAACAGAAAUACACAGUGUGUUUGAAUAAUUUUCAUACACUGCAAUAAACGUUUGUGCGUCUGUGCGUACACUUUUAGAUGUAAAUUGUUGGACUUUUUAAACAAAGUCACUUAAAUCUGCAUUUUUCAUGUCUUGAAAAACGUGAGAGAGAAAAGCGUAGAAAGAAUUCCCCGUGUCUGUAAAAAAUGCAGAGUAGCACUACAUAUUUCAUCCCUCCUGCCGUGUGAUAAGAAGAAUGAGGAAUGGCUGCCCAUCACCGUGUGCAGACGAUUUAUGAAUCAGUAUUUCCGAUCAAUCAUCAGCAAGGUCGGCCAAGUGUCGGCGCUGGUGAACGCACUGUGUGAUACACCCAGGUGGGAGCUGAGCUGGAAAGCAGCAUUUCACAUCAGAUAAAUGGUGGCAAUAGUUUACCUUGAUGCACCGCCUCAGUCCACUGCAUCAGGUAACAGGAGCAUUUUGAACCACUUCUGAAAAAUGCACAUCGACCACAGGCUGUUAUUUUUAGCAUAGAUGGUUUAACACACAAAGUACAUACAGCAAGGAAACUUUGUUUGAAUCUAUCAUGUCUGAAAGACUCCACUCUUACAUUUAAAGUCAUCAGUAUGCAAAACGUGUUGAAAUAUUAUUGACUGUGGACUUGUGAGUGGUGUGUUUGGUGAAAACAGCCCUGCCUGUCUGACAGCAGAGGAAUAUAUUCACUCUAAUGUGUGUCUGAUUUAUUAAAAGUGUCAUGAUUGCAAAGCUAAAAUAUUUACAGUCAAAUGGUCAAUUGAAUAAAUGAGGCUGCGUUUUUUAAAGGGUUUGUAUUAUUUAUCUGAUUCUACAAAGUGGCUGAAGAUGUCAAAUAAAUGCAGAGGAAUAAAAAGCCUCUGAAGUGGAGAAGAAGUAUAAAGGAGUGAUUUAAUGAUCCACACUGAAGAGCAGCCUCAUUAAUCCUUCAGUUAUUACUUCCAAAACUGUUUUUUUUUCCAUGGAUCAAGGGGUAAAAUGCCAAAAGAGAAAACAUGAACCUGCACUAUUGACAAUGAGACAUUCAUCACAUCCAGACAGGUUUAAAAAGGAGAACUGUUCUAAUUCCUGUCGAUGUAAAAGCAAAAAUAAACACUUAUUGGUUUCUGUCUCCUCUUCAUCACAAAUGGAGACAUCGGCCUUUGGGUGAAUCAGUUUAUGAGAGCUCUGGUUUCCAGUCUUUAGAGUGAAGCGACCUAAGUCUUCAACAAAUGCUUUAUUAAGCUUGUUAAAGCAAAACAAAUGAAUCUUCACUGAUGAAUAAAGUUCUGUUGUUUC